AUGGCCAACCUUCCCCCGUCUACAUCGUUUCUGCCGCCAGAACCCCCGUUGGUUCUUUCUUGGGCUGCCGUCGAGCGAGUUCCCCAGAUCAAGCCCGAGGACGUCGAGGAGGUCUUCUACGGCAAUGUUCUGUCCGCCAACCUGGGACAGGCCCCCGCCCGCCAAUGCGCUAUCGGAGCCGGCCUCUCGCACGGCGUUGCCGCCACGACCGUCAACAAGGUCUGCGCCUCGGGCAUGAAGGCCAUCAUCCUAGGUGCCCAGACUAUCAUCACUGGCAACGCCGACAUCGUCGUCGCCGGUGGCACCGAGUCCAUGACGAACACCCCCCACUACCUCCCCGUCCUCCGCAACGGCGCCAAGUACGGCGACCAGACCCUUGUCGACGGUGUCCUCAAGGACGGUCUGACCGAUGCCUACGGCAAGAAGGAGCACAUGGGCAUGGCCGCUGAGCUCUGCGCCAAGGACCACGACAUUACCCGUGAGCAGCAGGACGAGUACGCAAUCAACACCUACAAGAAGGCUCAGGCCGCCACCGAGGCCGGCGUCUUCGCCAAGGAGAUCGCCCCCAUCGAGGUCUCCGGUGGCCGCGGCAAGCCCAACGUCAAGGUCGACCGCGAUGACGAGGUCAAGAACUUGAACGUCGAGAAGCUCAAGGCCAUGCGCCCGGCUUUCAUCCCCAACGGCGGCACUGUCACCGCCCCCAACGCUGCUCCCCUCAACGACGGCGCCGCCGCCGUCGUCCUCAUGUCUGAGGCCAAGGUCAAGGAGCUCGGUGUCACCCCCAUCGCCAAGAUCCGCGGGUGGGCCGACGCCGCCCGCGAGCCGGAGCGCUUCACCAUUGCCCCUGCCCUGGCCAUUCCUAAGGCCAUCAAGCACGCCGGUCUCACCGAGAAGGAUGUUGACUUCUACGAGAUCAACGAGGCUUUCUCCGUCGUCGCCCUUGCCAACAUUAAGCUGUUGAACCUCGACCCCGAGACCGUCAACGUCUUUGGUGGCUCCGUCGCCAUUGGACACCCCUUGGGCUGCUCCGGUGCUCGCAUCGUUACCACCCUUUCGACCGUCCUCCGUGAGAAGAAGGCCAAGAUCGGUGUUGCAGGUAUCUGCAACGGCGGCGGUGGUGCUUCUGCUAUUGUCAUUGAGAGCCUGCAAUAG